AUGAAAGUUCUUUUGGGCUCACUCGACAUAUGGGAGAUUGUUGAAGAUGGCUAUGAUGAGCCAAAGAAUGAGACAGAUGAAGCCGCACUAACUGCUGGGGCUAAGAAAGAAUUGAAGGAGCAAAGGAAAAAAGACAAAAAAACACUUUAUACAAUCUAUCAGGGAGUUGAUGAAAGCAUGUUUGAGCUAAUUUCCUCAGCCACUACAUCCAAGGAGGCUUGGGAACUUCUCCAAAAGGCAUUUGGUGGUGUGGAAAAGGUAAAGAAAAUUCGUCUCCAAACUCUUCGAGCACAAUUUGAAACAUUGCGUCAAGAAAAAUUAGAGUCAAUUUCUGAUUAUUUUUCUCGAGUGAUUUCUAUUGUCCACCAACUAAGAAGAAAUGGAGAGAAAAUAGAUGAUGCUCGAGUCAUGGAAAAAAUUUUGAGGUCACUUGACUCAAAAUUUAGUUUUGUGACGAUCAUCAUUGAAGAAUCAAAAAAUAUGGAGGAGAUGAAUGUGGAACAAUUGAUGGGCUCACUUCAAGCAUACGAGGAGAGACUCAAGGGAGAUGAAAAACCCCUUGAACAAGCAUUGCAAACCAAGUAA